AUGGCUGAUGAAAUUGCAUCAGCAAUGGAGCAGGAAAUGGUGGAAGAACAGGCUAUAAAGUGCCCAAGGCCUUCAGCAAAGAGGCAAAGGAAAGGAUCUCCUGACGCCCGAGAAGAAACAGAUAAAGAACGUGUAGACGAUAGUCUUCUGCAAGAUGCACGUAGAAUCAAAGAAAACAUCAGGGUCUACAUGAACGCAACAGACAGGAACGUGAGUGCGAAGGUACAAAAGCACGUUAAUGGGAAAAUUCAGCAGUUAAUAGAUAUAAUGGAGACAAUAUAUGAUAAGAACUAUGAAAAAACGUUUUUAGUACAACGUGUGGUAAAGGACACAUUAGCUUCCUCUGAAAUGUAUGAUAUCAUAGUAAAUGCAUUAGUGGAAAAAGCAGUACCUAUGGUAAUCGAGGGAAUCAAGACGGAAAGUAAAACCAUACAAAGACCACUGUCAGAACCUCAGACAUCUCGGGAGUUUCCAUGCGUUAAAGAACAACCGCUAUUAGCCGAUGCCCUUAUUGAGACCACGGAGAAUGAAAGUUUCCAGGAAGCUAUCCCCUUCGACAAUGUUAAACUUUCCCAAACUUCUGUAAGAGCCUUCUCGAUAAGCGCUGUUAAUGGUUGCCUUAAAAUUCACGAAAAAGUAGUCCGUACCAAUAUUAAGCAAAUAGUCAAUUGGUACGGAUUCGUCAAUUCGUCAAUACGGAUUGUUCAAUUGGUGGUCAAUGACCAGUUGGAAACAUGUUUCGGUCCAACUACAGUUGAACCAAGCGAUGCAACAUCUACACUAACAGUGCCAACAAGUUUAACAACGACAACGGGAUCAUUAACCAAAGGGCCUACAUCGGAAACAUCUCUCACAACUCAAACAGAUUCGCCAACAUCAGAAACAACUAUCACAACUCAAACGGAUUCGCCUACAUCAGAAACAACUCUCACAACUCAAACGGAUUCGCCAACAUCAGAAACAACUCUCACAACUCAAACGGAUUCGCCAACAUCAGAAACAACUCUCACAACUCAAACGGAAUCGCCUACAUCUGAAACAACUCUCACAAGUCAAACGGAUUCGCCUACAUCAGAAACAACUCUCACAACUCAAACGGAUUCGCCUACAUCAGAAACAACUCUCACAACUCAAACGGAUUCGCCAACAUCAAAAACAACUCUCACAACUCAAACAGAUUCGCCUACAUCAGAAACAACUCUCACAACUCAAACGGAUUCGCCAACAUCAGAAACAACUCUCACAACUCAAACAGAUUCGCCAACAUCAGAAACAACUAUCACAACUCAAACGGAUUCGCCAACAUCAGAAACAACUCUCACAACUCAAACGGAUUCGCCUACAUCUGAAACAACUCUCACAAUAUCCCGAAAAUGCGUAAUUAGGAAUGCAAGAUGCGCUGGAACGGGAUAUGAUUCAUCUCCAGUGGCUAGUACACCUUUUGCUCAUUCAAAAGAAUCUGCUACAACCGAACCAAUUAUCCCAGUUCAUACGGAUUCGCCUUCAUUUGCAACUACUCUUGCUCCCCAAACUUAUUCGCCUACAUCAGAAACAACUUUCACAACUCAAACGGAUUCGCCUACAUCUGCAGCAACUCUCACAACUCAAACGGAUUCACCUACAUCAGAAACAACUCUCACACCUAUAACGGAUUCGCCAACAUCUGAAACAACUCUCACACCUAUAACGGAUUCGUCUACUUCUGCAGGAACUCUCACACCUUCAAUUAGACCAACCCCACCACCACUUACUACGCCUUGUAGGUGGGGACAAUUGGUGCCUAAUAUUUACAAUUGCAAGCUAUACUUUAGAUGUGAUAUAUUUCAAAGAUGGGUAUCUGAACAAUGCUUUCUGUUUUCUUUUUUCGACGCAGUAUCCCGAAAAUGCGUAAUUAGGAAUGCAAGAUGCGCUGGAACGGGAUAUGAUUCAUCUCCAGUGGCUAGUACACCUUUUGCUCAUUCAAAAGAAUCUGCUACAACCGAACCAAUUAUCCCAGUUCAUACGGAUUCGCCUUCAUUUGCAACUACUCUUGCUCCCCAAACUUAUUCGCCUACAUCAGAAACAACUUUCACAACUCAAACGGAUUCGCCUACAUCUGCAGCAACUCUCACAACUCAAACGGAUUCACCUACAUCAGAAACAACUCUCACACCUAUAACGGAUUCGCCAACAUCUGAAACAACUCUCACACCUAUAACGGAUUCGUCUACUUCUGCAGGAACUCUCACACCUUCAAUUAGACCAACCCCACCACCACUUAGUACUCCUUUAUCCCGAAAAUGCGUAAUUAGGAAUGCAAGAUGCGCUGGAACGGGAUAUGAUUCAUCUCCAGUGGCUAGUACACCUUUUGCUCAUUCAAAAGAAUCUGCUACAACCGAACCAAUUAUCCCAGUUCAUACGGAUUCGCCUUCAUUUGCAACUACUCUUGCUCCCCAAACUUAUUCGCCUACAUCAGAAACAACUUUCACAACUCAAACGGAUUCGCCUACAUCUGCAGCAACUCUCACAACUCAAACGGAUUCACCUACAUCAGAAACAACUCUCACACCUAUAACGGAUUCGCCAACAUCUGAAACAACUCUCACACCUAUAACGGAUUCGUCUACUUCUGCAGGAACUCUCACACCUUCAAUUAGACCAACCCCACCACCACUUACUACGCCUUGUAGGUGGGGACAAUUGGUGCCUAAUAUUUACAAUUGCAAGCUAUACUUUAGAUGUGAUAUAUUUCAAAGAUGGGUAUCUGAACAAUGCUUUCUGUUUUCUUUUUUCGACGCAGUAUCCCGAAAAUGCGUAAUUAGGAAUGCAAGAUGCGCUGGAACGGGAUAUGAUUCAUCUCCAGUGGCUAGUACACCUUUUGCUCAUUCAAAAGAAUCUGCUACAACCGAACCAAUUAUCCCAGUUCAUACGGAUUCGCCUUCAUUUGCAACUACUCUUGCUCCCCAAACUUAUUCGCCUACAUCAGAAACAACUUUCACAACUCAAACGGAUUCGCCUACAUCUGCAGCAACUCUCACAACUCAAACGGAUUCACCUACAUCAGAAACAACUCUCACACCUAUAACGGAUUCGCCAACAUCUGAAACAACUCUCACACCUAUAACGGAUUCGUCUACUUCUGCAGGAACUCUCACACCUUCAAUUAGACCAACCCCACCACCACUUAGUACUCCUUGUAGGUGGGGACAAUUGGUGCCUAAUAUUUACAAUUGCAAGCUAUACUUUAGAUGUGAUAUAUUUCAAAGAUGGGUAUCUGAACAAUGCUUUCUGUUUUCCUUUUUCGACGCAGUAUCCCGAAAAUGCGUAAUUAGGAAUGCAAGAUGCGCUGGAACGGGAUAUGAUUCAUCUCCAGUGGCUAGUACACCUUUUGCUCAUUCAAAAGAAUCUGCUACAACCGAACCAACUCUCACAACUCAAACGGAUUCGCCUACAUCCGAAACAACUCUCACAACUCAAACGGAUUCGCCAACAUCAGAAACAACUCUCACAACUCAAACGGAUUCGCCUACAUCUCCAGGAACUCUCACAUCUUCAAUUAUACCAACCCCACCAUCACUUACUACUCCUUGUAUGUGGGGACAACUAGUUCCUAAUAUUUACAACUGCAAGCUAUACUUUAGAUGUGAUAUAUUUCAAAGGUGGGUGUCCGAGGAAUGUUGUUUAUUUUCAUUUUUCGACGCAGUGUCCCUCAAAUGCUUAAGUAGGAAUGCAAGUUGCGCUGAAACGGGAUAUGAAUUAUCGCCAGAUCCAAAAAUACCCUCUGCACCUGGAAUAACUCCCCCACCUCAAACAGAUUCUUCUGUUCCUGGAACGACUCCCAUACCUCAAACAAGUUCACCCACACCUGGAACAGAAUCGACAUCACUAAGAGCUGCAACGUCUGAACUUGCUACCUCAGCUCCCACUCCACCACCACUUACUAUACCUUGUAGGUGGGGACAACUCGUUCCUAAUAUUUAUAACUGCAAGCUAUACUUUAGAUGUGAUAUAUUUCAAAGAUGGAAGUCAGAACAGUGUUCUCUGUUUUCUUUUUUCGACGUAGUCUCCCUAAAAUGUGUAAGGAGUAAUCCAAGAUGCGCCAGAACGGGAUAA